CCAAGAAUUGACAAUUAUAUCCUCACAAGAAUACUAUUUCCGCAAACUCGUCCUCCAAAGUCGAGUCCGCUGAUUGCGUACGAAGGGGUCUGUCGGCAAUGGCUUCGAACGAGGGAUCGAAAGAGGCCGAAGAAUUUGUGUACCGGAUAAGCACCGCCGAGGAAUGGGAGGAGCUGCAGAGAAGCGCCGCUACUUUCGGUGGAUCUCUUGAUCAAUCGACUGGUUGUUUCCACCUCAGCAAGCUCCACCAGGUCCAAUCCACUUUACAGAUUUUUUUCUUGAAUGUUAAGGAAGAUCUAUACCUACUACAGAUUGAUGCUAACAAGUUGGUACAGCUUGGAAAUGGAUUGGUUUAUGAAGCUGUGGAUGAUUCCAAUGUAUUUCCUCAUUUCUACGGUCCGUCUCGAAGUUUUAGUCCUCUUCCUCUAGAUGCUGUCACAAAAGCAGAGAAGCUGACAUUAUCAGACGGAUUAUUCAAAUGCAGUUUUCUGAACUAAAUCGUGUCCCGUCGCUGUCGUGAUCGUACGAGUGUUACAUUUUAUUUAUGUCUUGUGUAUUAUGUUCCUUAUUUCGUAUUCGGUUGAAUAAUACAAAAAUAAUCAGAAACACGAGAAUUCCAAUGGGAAUAAUGUAUUUAUUCAUCGAUUUGCAUGUAUGUAUGCUUUACAGUUGAAAGUUAUUGCCCUUAGAUGUGUUCAAGAAAGAAACCUGGUUUACAGUCAGGGUAUUUGCA